AUGGCAACACCUUCCUCACCUCAGUUCGACUGGCGGGGCAUCUCUGUCUUAGGUCCCUACGGCCUCCUAAUACGGUAUAUCCCACACCAGCCAGCAAACCAGAUUCCUUUCGAUACAGGCGAUAUAAAUAACGGCAUCAACAACGUCGGUAUGAAUUAUACCCUCUUCGUCAACGCUGGCCGAACCGGAUCACCUGGCUUGGAAGUCACGGUCACCAUUGCAGCAGCCAACAAUCAACCACAGGUUAGCGUCACGAUCAUCCUGGAGCCCGGUGUUCAUGCAGGACGGGAAGGUUCAGAAGAGUAUUACAACUUGCACCUAGGCGAUACUCAGUUUCUGGGCUUAUCAGGAGGGGGUGGCCAUAUGUACGACCAUGAUCCUGCGGCAGUUCAUCUCGGUGUACCAUCAGCACAGAGAAAGGAGACUCUGCGAAUCAAACUGGUAUCACACGGUCAUGUGUGCCAUGAUCCUGAGGGGCUUGCCGCCAUCCGAGCACGACUUCCACCAGGUUCCAACGAUGCCCGGCUCUUGGAUGCGAUGACUUCAGCUCGAGGGAUGGCAGCCACUGGUUUCCAUGCCUGGUUUUACUGUCGAGUGCCGACGGCACAGCUGCAGAUAUUCACGAACAGCGUCCUCUUUUGGUUCAGAUGGAUGUGUGGCCAGCGCUAUCAGCCACUGUUUCAAUAUCCUAUGGAUAGUUUAGGUUUGAGCAUGGAUCCUCUUCCUGGUUUCCGAAACUCGAUGUACUGCGACAUGGUAACGCAUCAGGGGACGCAGGUGCUUGGAGACCCUGUUCUGCAAAUCUCGGACACCAUAGGCAGUCGAGACCGGCGGAUUCGUGCUGUCGCGAACAGUGUUGCACUGGUCCGGGAGAAUCAAGGUCAUGAAGCUUUCUGCACUGACGUUGGCAAGAGUAUGCAGGGGAUGAAGCUUCUCAGGAGUACCACCCCGUUUCUCCGUAAGGCAAGCCGGCUCUUGACAGCGAAUAAUUCCCUUCCGGCCAGAGACAUCCCAACAGAUCCGUAUGGAUACAUUGGAUAUAUUUAUAUUGGCACGACUUCACGCUCCUUUCCUAUCACUACUCCUCGACCCGGAUCAUUGUUCCACAUCACUUGGUACAACAACCUGGGAGGGAACACGCAGGGGACACCAGAGUUCGCGUACGGCAUGGUGCUGACCCCCGAUUCCGCCAGGUCCUCAACCGGUGCAAACUUUGCUCUUUCUCUGCGGAUACCUAAUCCUGCCGUGAGGCAGAGUGCCCAAGCAAAUUUCCACUUGGCUGUUGUGUUUCCAGUAAAGCUGCGCUUCAUUGAGAAUAGGCAGGUUCCUCUAGUGUUGUUCUCGCGGAUGGUAAGAUUCUCAGGAUUCUCUACCAAUCCGACUAUGCAGGCUCUCCAGGCAAAUGUGUUGCGCCCGGUGGCACCAUCCCCGUUCCGCGACGACCUUCACCGAGGUCCAAAUCCUCCCCUCAAUGACCCAGCUGAGAUGACCAGACUGGACGCUCUAUUCCAGGGUUUUGCACAGGCUGUUCGAAAUUCACCAUUGAUGGUGAACAUCCGACAGAUUGAGGGCAACCUCUUGUUCAAUGUGCCGGGUCAAAUUACUGGAAAGACUCAGCUGAUUCGUGCGACAAUCUCAGCAAGCAGCUUCCGUGCAGUAUACGGUCUGAUCCUGGUCCUCGUCGGUAUGGGACAUCGAACAAUUCUUGUUGUCGACGAGCCCGAGGACAGAUCUAGAGUGUGUUGGGACUUGUUCGACCUCUUUCAGCGAACUAGCACGACCGAUGACCAUUACGGUCGCACCUGGAGGGCGAAGAGGUUGAUGAGCUACUCAACCACUGAUGUGGAUUAUAAAUCUCCAGCCACGGAGCACAAUGCUGCUGCUAAAAGCGACCUCUCCAACUCCGGAAAUCCUCUUCGGCCAGCCUUGGAUCUGUACUUCAAGAUGCUGCUUGAUGACCUGCCAUCCCAUGCAUACAUGCACGAUCAAGGUGCGCUUCACAACGCAGGAGCUGCUGCGGCGCCACAGUAUCAUACCCCGCAAGCCAUGAGCUGGGCAGACCAUGCACAGGCGUACUUCAACCUCUAUCCCGGUGAUCGUGCUCAGCACUUCGCCGAUCGAGCUCGCGUCCUAAAUGGGCAGGUUGCCGCCGCCGGGGAGGCAACCGCCAUGCUGGAGCGGUUAAGUCUCAUUCGACGGAAUAUCAUAUCAAGAGCCGAUGUCCUUGUCUGCGAUUCUGACACAGCUAUGGGCUUCGACGUGCGAGCUUCGUUUCUUGAGCCAUUGAUAUUCCUAGGUAAUACACACCGAAUGGAGUUCGCAAGAGGCGCAAGCGUUCUUUUGCAACAUCCAAAGUAUGUUGCGUUUGUGCUUGGGAAUUUGGAUGACCAGAGGUAUGGGAGGGUGAGGUUUGCAUCGGAAGGGAGGAACGAGGCGAUGUUGACGAUGCGAAGGUCACUCUGGGAGACCUAUGUGUGGGCGGGGCAGCAGGUGAUCAACCUGACCUAG